UGUAAUUGUAAACAUUAAAAUGUUAAAUGGAAAAGUGUUUAUCUUUUUUAUAUGCUUUGGGGGGAUAUGUGCAGUACCGCUGCGCUUUAAAAGGCACUAUCACCACUUACAAUUACCCUUUUGGUAUGUGCCCUGUGGCGAACCCGUGACUGAUAAUGUGAUAACCGGUGUAAGUGAACAAGAGAUUGAGGCUAGCUUGGAGAGAAUUAAAAAUCAACAUCAGAAUGCACUCUCGGAUUAUCUGCAUCAUGAUUAUGAGUAUUUGUAUGAAAAUGUCAAAGUUGGACCGAAGGAACAUCAGUUUAUUCCUAAUUGGGUUCCGGGGAAAAAAGAGGUUAGGAUUGUUAAGAGGCUGACUGAUGGAUCUUCUCAAACGAUUAUCAGCCACUUGCCAAAACUGCACGUUGACUUGCAGAAAUUUUCCGUGGCCAUUGACCAGAUGCUGCAAGACGAGCCUACGGUCAGAAUCGGAGCAGCCUUGAAGAAAACCAAAAUUUACCUUCAAAUGAUGCUGUGCGAAAUUGAAAGCAGCAUUGCUAAUUUUGGAGAUUUAGAAAUUCCCGAGAGAAUAAGCAGAGACAUUAUGUCCCCAGAAGAAAGAGCUCCUAAUGACGAGACGAUACGUCUCGUCAGAGAUUGGGGAGUCAUGCUCAAAUACAAAAAUUAUUUACACGCUUGGAAGCAUGUUUUUGAUCAUUAA